ACGACAGGCAGCCGUCUGGCUACUUAAGGCGUCGUGGUCCGGCCCACCCCGCCUUCGCUCCCGCGCUAGAGAGAAACAUGUAUCGUUUCCGCUCGCAGCUCUUCACGGGGAUUUCUGCUGCCGCCGCCGCCGCCUCUCACCCGCGCCGCUCCUCGCCUCUCUCGUUAGCCCGAGACUCGCCUCUCAGCCGCCCGCCGCACAGACGCACGAGUAGACAGUGCAGCUCCAUCGGCUGA